ACACGAUUGCAGCCUCCAGGAGACAGAUGAAAGAGCUGGAUCCAGGAAUGUCAGUAUCUGUCCAGCAGUUGUGCGCUUCUUAUAGGGGAGCAACGAUUGCGUUCUGAGUGUCAGGGUCGUACGAAGCAGCAAGAAUCACACAAGUGCCAACACAAACAUAUUUAAUCCGGAGCAAGAAACUGGUUGUUUCUAACGAACUUCGUAUCUGCACGAGGUUCAAUGUCACACGGGAACAUGAUGAUCGGCGCCUCUGAAAACGUAUUUCGGCCUUCCUUUCUAUUGCCACUGCUAUUUGGUGGGUGCCUCGCUUCAAAAAUAUUGGUAGUUGCUCCCACUCCAUCCAUUAGCCACCAGAAGCCGUUCCAAAUCUUAACAACAGCUCUUCUUCAAAGAGGACACCAAAUCACAUUCUUCACCGCUAAUCCAUUGAAGAUUAGUCAUGAGAACUUAACAGAAAUCGACUUAUCUGUGGGGUACAACAUCAUCGGCGAUUUGGACCUGGAAUCUACAGCGCAGCAGUCCCCCGUGGAGACGAUGUCGAUGCUUCGAGACGCCACACCAGUGUGUGUGCAGUGGAUGCUGAGGGAACCCGCCGUCCAGCGUUUCAUCAGCAAGCGAGACAACUUCGACUUGGUGAUCAUGGAGCGGAUGCCAUCCCAGGCUUUCUUCGGCCUGAUCCACAACGCGGGAUCGCCUCCGCUGGUGGGCAUGAUCACGCUGCCGGCGUUCGCGCCCGUCUACCACGCCAUGGGCAACCUUAUGAACCCGGCCUACUCGCCCGACGUCUGGGUCGGGUACUCCGACCAUAUGAGCUUCUGGCAGCGCGCGUACAACGCCUACUUCCAGCUGAGAUUCUGCUACAUGUGGUACUUCCAGAUACAGCCGACCCAGGAGGCGAUCAUGAGGCAGUACUUCGGACCGGGACCACCGCCAGUGCACGAGACGGAGCGAAACGUGAGCCUCCUCAUCAUCAACAGCCACUUUUCCGUCGACUACCCUCGCCCCCUUUUACCCAAUAUCCUGGAGAUCACUGGUAUCCAUGUGCAGACGCAGACGAAGCCAUUGCCGAAGGAUAUCCAGGAGUUUAUUGACGGGGCAGAGCACGGUCUGAUAUACAUGAGUCUGGGAUCCAAUGUCAGGAGCAGCGGUUUGCCGUGGCAGAAAGUCCAGGCCUUCCUGGACGCCUUUCGGGAACUCCCACAGCGCGUCCUCUGGAAGUGGGAGAACAAGACCCUACCUGGACAGCCACCAAACGUGAUGGUCAGCAAGUGGUUGCCUCAGCAGGACAUACUAGCUCACCGAAAAGUGCGCCUCUUCAUCACACAGGGAGGCCUCCAGAGCAUGAACGAAGCGAUGUAUCACGCAGUUCCCUUUCUUGCCAUUCCGUUCUUUGCUGACCAACCGUACAAUGUGGCCAAGAUUGUGCAAGAUGAACUUGGAGUCUCUCUGCAAUUCAACGAUCUCACAAAGGACUCCAUACUUCAACAUUCGCGAGCUGUUCUAGAGAAUCAAAGGUACAAAGAGAACAUGAACAGGCUAUCAGAGAUAUUCCGCGAGCACCAGGCGGACUCUUUGGAGCGCGCCGUGUGGUGGGUGGAGUACGUGAUACGUCACAAGGGGGCCCCGCACAUGCGCAGUGCCGCCCUCGACCUGCACUGGUGGCAGCUGCUACUACUCGACGUCAUCGCCUUCAUCUUGCUGUCAACGUGCGCCGUUAUGUACGCCGCCUUCUACUUCAUACGGCAGAUCACUGUUGCGAUGAAGGAUACUAAGAGAAAAGAUAAGAAACAGUUGUGA